GAGUGAGAGAGGGAGACUUUUGAACAGCUUGUGCACCUUGUUAUUCUGGUGUCAGCUCCAGCAUGCAUGUCUGCCUGUCUGUUUGAUUUGUAUCUUUGGGUCUGAGUGCACGUCACACUUUGAUCCGCUUCUCGUCUCCUCCAGCACCGAACUCGGAGGACGCAGCAGCCAGCCUUCAGUCUGGAGGGAAAAGCCCCAGUGGAGUCCGGCAGGGGGGAUGGAGGAGGAGGCAGCCCCGGCCCCGCUGCCACUCUGCCCCUGAGCCACGCCGAGAGCCCCGGGCCCUGGCAGAGCGAGAGCCUGCUGGCGGAGUCCUGGUCCACCAUGGGCGACGUGGACCCGGAGGACGCCAAGAGCCUGGACAGCAGCGACGGGGCGGCGCUGGCGGCAGAGGAGAACCACUCCUCCAACUCCGACAUGGUGCACCUGGAGCGGGAGGAGGCCGAGAUGCUGGAGGAGGCGGAGAGCCGGGGGAGGACGGGGGAGGAGGAGGAAGAGGAAGACGAGAUGCAGACCAGCGUGCUGAGCGUGUUGGGCGGGGAGAGGGAGCUGGUGGCGCUCCGGGAGGAGGAGCAGGACCUCCACGCUCCAGAAACUGAGGAGCUCCUGGUGUCGGCGGAGGAGCCGCGCAGGGAGAGGGAGCCGGUGGAGUUCCGCCACGUGGUUCCCCCGAUGGCUCUGCCUCCUCUGCCUAUCGUCAAGCUCCAUCCGCCCUCCACCACCUCCACGCCGGUCCCUUCCACCACCACCUCCGAAGCGGAGGAGCCGUACCCGUCUCAGGGCCUCCUCCCUCCCGCCAUCCUGUCAGCGAUGGCGGCCGAGCCUCCGGCAGCGAGCCCAGAACAGCUACGCUUCUCACAGGUUCCCCUCUCAGACGAACAUUCAGAGAAAGAGUCGCAGGCGGCGGCGGAGAAGCCGGAGCCACCGCCGCCGCCGCCCGCUCCUGAGACCAAACCCCUCACCUCCACCGAGCUGCUGUGUGGAGGCGCCGCUUUAGUCGCCGUGGUCGGGGUGGUGGCGUACGGCGCCGUGGUCUACUGCAGAAAGUAGAAACACACCCCGCUCCGGCCUCCUCUGCUUCUAACUCUGUUCCACAGGAUAAUAUUCCGCUUCUGGACGCAACUCUGACGCUACUUUUCAUCGAUAGACACCUUCAGCAGAUUUUUAAAUUCGUGCUACCUCAGCUCUCAGCAGAGCUCAUGGCCUUCGUUCUACCGUUCAUUUCUGAGGAGUCAAAACCAUUAAAACACAAACCUGGAAUGUAAAAAAAAAACCACAAUGUAAAGUACAAUUUCAAAAGAAAUCCCGUUACUUCU